AUGGCUGAAGGAGUGAAGGUCAACAUAGAGCCUUUAGAUGUUGACAACUAUACGGUGUGGUCACAGAGAUUGCAACUUCUCCUGACACACAAUAAGUUGUGGAAAGGGGUCACGGACCCGGCCGGUGAUGCGGAGAGGACCGAUGAAGCAAGAGCUUUGAUAGGCUUGCACGUCCGGCAACAGCACCUAGGGGCAAUCUUAGCAGCUGAGAAUGCCAAGGUAGCUUGGGACGUGCUGAAAAAGACCUACAAGAGCAAGAGUGCGGCUCGAAAGUUGCAACUCCGGCAUGAGUUGAGCACCCUCAAGAUGCAAUCCGGUGAGUCCGUUGCCGCCUAUGUGGGUAGAGCCCAAGACCGGUACCGGGAUUUGCUAGCCGCCGGCUCCGACAUGAAGCCGGAUGAUCUAUCCUUUAGCGUGCUUGCCGGGUUGUCAAGCCGGUUUGAGGGGGUAGUAACGGUGUUGACCACCACCAGGGAGGAGCUAGGCAAGGUGAAAGAGCUUCUCCCAACGUUGCAAGUGUUUGAGCAAAGGCAUGGGCUGUUUGGGGAGCAAGACAGCGGGGCCUCGGGCUCGGCAACGGCGGUGGCCUACGCGACCAGGGGUGGCAACUUGCCGGCAAGGGCAAGUGUACGGCUCCGGAAAGGCUUCCAUGGCUUGCCACAAGUGUG